AGGAGGUAGUACUCUUGCGUGUAAAUCGUCAGUUGCGGCGCGAUUCUCAUCCAAAACGGUUUCUCCCAAUGGCGAAAGUCAAAAAAAAUUUCUCCUUUCUGUAAAACAAAAAAAAAUCAAAAUACCAAAAAAAAAACCAAGAUGCUUUUUUCUUCCACAUUCAAAAAUAAUAAUUCCCUAAUAAUUUUUGAAAAUAUAAAUUACCUUCUUUACUGUGCUGUUGGAGAAUCGCACCUUCGUCCACUGAAUUAAACAGAAAAUACUAACGACAGGCGAAAAAUUACAACAACGCGUCCCUGGUAAACUAAAUGUGCGGGUGGUACAGUAGGUUACGAGUACUAAGAGCGCCACAAAGAGUUCAUAAAAAUUCAACAAUAAAAGAGAAGAAAAAAAAUCAAGUUGUUAAGAACAGAAAGAUUCCAUUUUUAUCUCCUUUUCUACUUGUUCAAAAGUUGCAGCACGGAAAUAACUAUGAAUGUGAAAACAGUUCUAUAUUCUCAUCAUCAGUUGGUAAUGUACACCUCAAUCAUGGUGUACGUGCUCUGAUUCGAAUUUAGUUUCGUAAAGAUUUUAAUUACAUAAACGAAAGAAAGAAAAAAAAAUGUCUCUUUAAUAAACAAAUGAUUCAAUUUUCAAUGAAACAAUAGGAGAAUUGUUUCUUAUUGUAAAAAAAUUAUUAAAAAUUCGAAUAGAAGUAAUAAAGAAAAUAAAUUGAGAACUAAAAAGAAGAAAUAAAUAAAUGAAUGGAAGUAAAUUAAAAUUCGAAAUGUAGAGUAAACAGAAAACUGUCAAAAACAGAAGUAUGGAGACAACGUAAAAAAAAGAAAAAUUGUUUGGGAGACAAAAUUUUUUUUUUAGAUAACAGUGAAAUUUAUUAUUGGAGGAUAAAAAAAAAAUGUUGAACCUCACGAGUGAAUUAUCGAUCACAAUGAGUGUUAAUUGCUCUAUUGAUGAGAGUAAUUGUACAGAAGAGCCCUAUUUGCCGUACAGUGACAGGCCAGAAACGUAUAUCUUGCCAUUCGUCUUUUUAUUUAUUCUCAUCGUUGGAGUCACUGGAAAUGGUGUUUUGGUUCUUACAAUUUUACGUCAUGCCAAUAUGAGGAACGUUCCCAAUACCUAUGUUCUUUCACUCGCACUUGGAGAUCUUUUGGUAAUUUUGACAUGUGUACCAUUCACUAUCACUGUUUAUGUGAUCGACUCUUGGCCAUUUGGACUUAUUCUCUGCAAGAUUUCAGAGUGUGCAAAAGAUAUAUCAGUGGGUGUUUCGGUAUUCACUCUGACAGCACUUUCAGCUGAUAGAUUUUUCGCUAUCGUUGAUCCAAUGAGAAAACUUCAUGCCACUGGUGGCGGAAAGCGAGCUACUAGAUUUACAUCUUCGAUAGCGACUCUGAUUUGGUGUCUAGCAGUGAUUUGUGCAACACCAGCAACUUUUUCCUAUAUUAGAGUAUUUCGAGUUAAUAAGGACGUAACUUUUCAGACUUGCUAUCCAUUUCCUGAGGAAUUUGGACCAAAUUAUCCCAAAACAGUAUUAUUGUGCAGAUUCUUCGUUUAUUAUGCUAUUCCACUAAGUAUAAUUGCUGUAUUUUAUUGUUUAAUGGCUAGGCAUUUAGUUCAAAGUACUCGUAAUAUACCUGGCGAAAUGCAAGGUCAGGUAAAACAAAUUAAGGCAAGAAAAAAAGUUGCUAAAAUGGUGAUGGCUUUUGUGGUGAUUUUUGCAAUUUGCUUUUUUCCACAACACGUUUUUAUGCUGUGGUUUUACAUUCAUCCAACAGCGGAGAGGGAUUACAAUUCUUUUUGGCAUCUUUUUCGCAUCGUCGGAUUUUGCUUGGCAUUUGCAAAUAGCUGCAUAAAUCCAAUUGCCCUUUACCUUGUAAGUGGCUCGUUCAGAAAAUAUUUCAAAAGAUAUUUAUUUUGUUGCUGUGGAAAGAGAAGAGGCGAAAGAAAUUCAAUAAUUGGUUCACGAAGAAGAGAUUUAAGUUUAUCAAUAACAAUGUCUCGAAGACAGACAAGCUCUCGAAGAUGUCAUCAAAGUAUAAUACAAAUGUCGACAUGGCAAUCGCCAGCUGUUCAUAUUCGAGAUCGAUCACAAAAUGAGCAAGAAACAACAACAACUGCCUGUAAUAAUGGUUAUGAACAACGAAUAUGAGAAAUAAAUUCAGAUCGAGAAGAUAAUUUAAAAUCACAAAGAUCUUUUAUUGACACCAUCGAUAUUGAAGUCACAAAAAGGAUAGCGCCUUUAGAUCUCGAAUUCCAACAAAAUAAAACAAUGGAAUUAACUUUCAGGCAAAUAAAGAGAAAUACAAUAUAAAAAAAAUUGUUAUCGAACAUCGCACUAGUUUAAGAGAAUUCUAUCGACCAAUACAAUAAAAAUGUGUUCAUUGCACGGACACUUUGCUUCCUCUUAGAAAUGUAAAUUUUUUAUUGUUUAUGAAAAUUUUUUUGUUCAUUAAUAAAAAAAAAUAACAGAAAAUGAAGACUUUAAAAGAAUUAAUUAUUUUCAAAUUUAAGUUUAAGUAACGAAAAAUAAUAAAUAGUAAAUAAAUUAAUAAAGGGAAAUACAGAGGCGAGAAGACUAAAAAAAUCAAUUUUCAGUAGUAUGAGUAAACGUACAGUCAGGCAAUUCAGAAAUUCCGGGAUUUUUCUCUGAGGAAGCAAUAUUAAAAAUGUAACAAAAAAACAGUUCUAAAUUUACGCCCCCCCCCCAUUCCUAAAAAUUAGAAAAAUUUUCUUUUAUCCAAAUAAAAGUCUUUAAUCUCAAUUCUUCAUAGGACUGUUAUAGUAAAAACAAUUAUAUUAUAAGAAAUCCGUCUAUAAAAAGUAUUUUCUAAAUAUAUAAUAUUAAAACAUUGUGAUAUAUGGAAUUUUUAUAUUCAUUCUUUAAGGGUAAGUGAUUAAAUUUGUCGUUCAGAAAGUUUUUUACAACUUUGACCAAAUACUUUUUGAUAAAGCCCCUUAGUUACAGUUAUCAGUAUAAUACCAUUGAAAAUCAUUGAAUUAUUCUCAAUUAUCAAUGGUAUUGUUUUUUUUUAUAAAAAGAACAAAGAAAAACAAAUGAAAAUGUUCAAAAAUUAUUACUUUUUGUUAAUACGAGUGAUAACACAGGCCCUUAAAAUUCUUCUAGUUGUAAAUCUAGUCAUUUUUAAUAUAAAAUGUGAGUGUAGCAAAAAAUUAAAGGUAAUUCAAGGAAAAAUGCAAAAAUCGUUCACUGCAUUGCAAAAAAAUUUUACAAAAAAUACAAACAGUAAAAGAAAUUAUAAAUUUUUUGCCAAUUACACUCAUUUUUAAAUAUAAAAUGCAGUAGUGCAGUAUUGUUAAAGGGAAAUAUCUCUCCGAAUAAAUAAUCAAAUUUAUAUUAUGCACUAAAAAAGUUUAUUUGAUUCAAAUAAUUUGUACUACAAAUGAUAACUUAACUUUAAAUCCGAUAACUUAAAAAUAAAAAAAUAAAUAAAAAAAAAUGAAAUGGUAUUUGCUUCAAAUACUAAUAAAUACUUCAAAUACGAAAUAAAAUUAAUGGU